ACAUAAUCAUUUAGGGAAAUAAGAAAACAAUGCACAUUGGAGAACGGAAAAAUUUGCAUGUCUUAAAUAAAGCUCUGCAGAGUCACAGUUUAUACAUGAGAGAAUGCUUCUCCUCUCAAGCAUUCCGUAAAGUGCACAUGGACGACCAAGUAAUCUUUCUGGCAGCCCUUGAAGGCAGGCUGUCAUUAUCCCCAUAUUGCAGAUGGGGGACUGAGGCUGAGACAAAGGCCACCUAAUUGAGACUGUGGCAGAGAUCAUAGCAGUAACUGACCGGAUUGCAGUUAUGGCCAUAAAAGGUAAAGGUAAAGGUACCCCUGCCCGUGCAGGCCAGUUGUGUCCGACUCUAGGGUUGUGCGCUCAUCUCACUUAAGAGGCCGGGAGCCAGCGCUGUCCGGAGACACUUCCGGGUCACGUGGCCAGCGUGACGAAGCUGCUCUGGCGAGCCAGCACCAGCGCAGCACACGGAAACGCCGUUUACCUUCCUGCUAUAAAGCGGUACCUAUUUAUCUACUUGCACUUUAGGGGUGCUUUUGAACUGCUAGGUGGGCAAGAGCUGGGACCGAACAACGGAAGCUCACCCCGCUGCGGGGAUUCGAACCGCCGACCAUACGAUCAGCAAGUCCUAGGCACUGAGGUUUUACCCACAGCGCCACCCGCAUCCCUGUAUAACCUCACACAUAACCUCACACAAAAAGAAAAUUGGGUUUUAAUGGUCAAACAGCAGCACCCAAAUGCCAAUGAUUUUUCUUCUUUUUUGUGGUAAUGGGGAGUGAGAUCUUCCCAGGGGCUGGGGAUUCAAACCAGUCUCCCCAGGAUCCCUUUGACAAGAUCUUUCUAAAAGCCAUGAAGCAGUUGCCUUAGAGCUCUGGACGACCUGUUGGUUGAAGCUUUCUCCCCAAUUUGCCUGCACAAAGCCUAUGGGGAGGCUUUGUGAUUUGUCUGAGGACCAGGUAUAUGACGAUGGACAUCCUGAUUUGCUGGCUGGGUGUUUACAUGCCUUCACGUUAAAACAUUGGUUCAUCUCACCCUCUUAACCUCCCCAAACACUUCCCCAACUCCAACCCCCCCCCACAGUGCUUUAAAAACAAAGGACCUAUUAUGAAGUUUAUAACAUAAAGUGCUUUUGAUAAAGUGGUUUUUGAAAUGAGAUUCUAUCCCGGGGUGGUCAACCACAGGCCUGGGGGCUGAAUGUGGAUAUCCAAACCUCUGUUUGACCCUCAGGAAACUUACCAGAACAAACACCCUACUUACCCAGCUUUGCACCCUCUCCAUGGGUGUAACCAAUGGAGCUGUCCCUCCCAGAUCAAGUAAAACAAUAGAAAUACUUAACUGACCAAUCACAUCGGUUCUGCUCCCCCCCCCACAAACCAAGUCCUCUCACCCCCACCCCAACAAAAAUCCUGGCUAUGCUCAUAAGGUAAAUGUAAAGGGACCCCUGACCAUUAGGUCCAGUCAUGGCCGACUCUGGGGUUGCGGCGCUCAUCUCGCUUUAUGGGCCGAGGGAGCCGGCAUACAGCUUCCGGGUCAUGUGGCCAGCAUGACGAAGCUGCUUCUGGCAAACCAGAGCAGCGCACGGAAACGGCGUUUACCUUCCCGCCGGAGCGGUACCUAUUUAUCUACUUGCACUUUGACGUGCUUUCGAACUGCUAGGUUGGCAGGAGCAGGGACCGAGCAACGGGAGCUCACCCCGUCACGGGGAUUCAAACUGCCGACCUUCUGAUCGGCAAGUCCUAGGCUCUGUGGUUUAACCCACAGUGCCACCCACGUCCCUUCCAUAGCCUACAGUACAGAGGUCAAAUUUCCAUAGGUUACUCCACUGGCGUGCACUCCCUUCGUAGACUUCUCAGAAUGGGAUGGGGGCCCCUUGGUUGAAAAAGUUAACCAACACCUGUUCUAUCCAGACUCUCAUCAAAUCAGUAGGGCUGCCAUACGUCUAGAUUUUCCUGGACAUCUCCGGGAUUGAUGCCUGGGGGAAAUUUCUGAAAGUUGGGCAAGUCAAUAAAAAAAGAAAAAGCUCAAGAAUUUUCAUAGAAUCAUAGAGUUGGAAGAGACCACAAGGGCCAUCGAGUCCAACCCCUUGCCAAGCAGGAAACACCAUCAGAGCACUCCUGACAUAUGGUUGUCAAGCCUCUGCUUAAAGACCUCCAAAGAAGGAGACUCCACCACACUCCUUGGCAGCAAAUUCCACUGUCCAUUUUGGGGUCCUCCUAAAAAAAACCCCUCAAACUAGUGUGUCCUGGUUUUUACUUUUUGAAAUAUGGCAACCCUAAAAUUGGUCAAUUACUUCCUUGAGUGUUGAUAUUACUCAUUUUCUUUUCAUUUGCUCCUUUCUGUGGCAUAGUUGUAUUAUGUUUUCAUGGGUUAUAUGCAGAAUACCGUAUGUAUGUGAAUUAUUUACUGCAACUGCCUCGUAAUACCCGUCCCACAUGUGAAAGAACUCAAUCGUUUAGUGUGGCAGUGCCUGAACUUUGGGAUUCCCUGCCGAUUGAGAUCAAGCAGACACCUUCACUGUGCUCUUUUUGGUGUCUGCGAGAAACAUUUCUGUUUAGGCCAGUGAUGGCCAAACUCGGCCCUCCAGAUGUUUUGGGACUACAACUCACACCAUCCCUAUCUAACUGGACCAGUGGUCAGGGAUGAUGGGAGUUGUAGUCCCAAAACAGCUGGAGGGCCAAGUUUGGCCAUCACUGGUUUAGGCAAACCUAAUAAGAUGCUUAGAAAGUCGCGGUAAUCUUAAUCUACCUUAGUUUUUUAAUUUAUCUGAUUUCUUGAUUCACUGCUCCAUCUGGUGGGAGAGACAUAUAUUGCUUCCUAGCCACGUGCCAAACUUAAAAACAGAAGCCAACCUGCUAGCAAUUGCCAACCAGCACAGGCAAUUAAGCAGGAACAUCACAGCCACUUCCAAGAACUAUGGGUUGCUAGAUGGUUUUCUUUCUCUCUCUCUUUCAUUAAAAAAACCUGUUUCCCGUCAAGCUGGCCAUGAUUAAGAAUCAGAUGCUGGUGUUUGUUUCUUUAUUAAUAGUGUUUUAAAGACUAAUUGAUUUAUUGAUGCUUUAUUUUAUAUGAUUUCUGCUUUAUUUGUGAUGUUGCAUUAUGUUUUAUUAUUGUUUAUAAGCCGCUUUGGGAUUCAUAUGAAUGAAAAGCAGCACUGAAAUACAAUAAAUCAAAUCAAAUAUUUCCUUCUCCCUCCCCACCCCACUUUCCUUUUGUGCUGUGUCUUUUUGAUUGCAGUCCUGACAGUGAUUGAUUGAUUGAUUGAUUAAUUAUUUGGGGUCGAUGAAAAAUAGAACAUUUUGUUUUAUUAACAAAUAGGAAAACUGCCCAAUUAAAAAGACUGAGCGCAGCUACCGCUUCUAAAUCCAGCGAACCUGAGGUUCUCUCUCUAGCGCGUCCAAAACUCCGGGUCGCUUCGGUAACUUUCGGGGCUCCUCGGUAGCUUUCGGUUCUUUCGCAGAGCGGGGUAAAUACCGUACGCUUCCCAUUGAGCCGCCGCCGGCGGCAACCGACCGGCUUCGGAAACGUUCGGCAUCACAUGCCUGUCAGAAGGAGCGGGAGGGACGGCGAGGUCACGAGGACCAAUCAGAGCUCGGCGCGCUUCUCCCUCGCUUUCGAAGCUUUGCGAGGGAGGGUGAUUCGUCAAUGGAGUUCAUCCGCGGAGAACACGCGCGUGGGGAAAAAUAUCCCUAAACAUAACGUCGUUAUUAUUUUCUACCUUUCUUUUUUUGCGACGAGGAAUACGACAAAAAAAAAAAAAGGCUAGGGGGGGGGGGUCCGUGUGAGAAAAAGGGCCAACGGUACCGGGGAUUCAAAGGGCGAGGUUCGUCACGUGUCGCGGAGGGAUUUUAUUUUCUUUAUGACGGCCAUGACCAAUUCCAUUUCACAAGGUGGAAAGAGCCGUUAGGGCGUAGCCCCUGUUUUUUUGUGUGAGUUGUGGGCGGGGUCAGCGGACACGUGCUCCUCCCGGGGUCUAUAAAAGGCCGUUUAACCGUCGCACCAACGCCUCUUAGGAGCGGUUGGAAGGCCCGUUCUAACGUCUCCCGGGGUUCGGUCGCUGGUGGGCGGGACAAAAGGGGCCGUGGGCGCUGGGGUGAAAAGGGGGUUCGACCUUCCUCAAAUUAUCAAGGCAAGUUCUCAGGUCUGUAGUGCCUCUGCACAUGUGCAGAGUGCCUUCGCAAAUCAAGUGUUUGCUUCGAGUUUUUGUUGUGUUUUAUUUGGGGGGGGGGAGCCGACGGCUCUCUUAAUAGCUCCUGCACUCUUCGGGAUGUUCUAAAUUAAUUUUUAAGCAAUAAUUACAUUCAGGAUUUUAAAAUCGUCGUUGCUGUUAGCAUCAAACCCUCAAGUUAUCAAGGCAGAUGGUGGCAGGGUGUUGCCUCAGGCCUGCGGUGCCUCUGGGCAUGUACAAAGAAGGUAUUUGCUUUGGGUUUUGUGUGUGAGGGUGGGGUGGGGUGGGUUGAUGGCUUUCUUAGCUCCCACAUUAUUUGGGAUUUUUUGUUUGUUUAAAACAGGUUGUGGAAUGGUGGUGUCUUAGGCCUGCAGUCCCUCUGUGCACGUGCAGAGUGUCUCCACUUCGUUAAUGUUUCAUUAGGUUAAUGAAAAAAGGUAUUGGCUGUGGGGUGGGGUUGCCCCCCCUUUUUAGUUCCUGCCUUAUUUGUUGCUUUUAAAAACCUGUGUGUAAAUAUAUAUAUAUGGAUGGUUCCCUUGUAAAUUGCCUUGGAAAACUUUAAUAUAUAAAACUAGGGUAUAAAUAAUUUUUUUAAGAAAGAAAGCUCUGUUAGAGCCAGAUGCAUAUUAGAUUAUUGGACCUGAAUUAGUUAUUCCUACAGCGAGGGGGGAAAGUAUUUGAUCCCCUGGUAAAUUUGCCCGUUUGCCCUUUGACAAAGAAAUGACCAGUCCAUAAUUUUAAUGGUAGGUUUAUUGUAGCUGUGAGAAACAGAGUAACGGGAAAAACCCCAGAAACUCAGAAGACAAAAGUCAUAUUGAUGUGCAUUAUAGUGAAUGAAAUAAGUAUUUGAUCCCUUUGCAAAAGAUGACUUACUGUAGUACUUGGUGGCAAAACCCUUGUUGGCAAAUACAGAGGUCAGACAUUUCUUGUAGGUGGCCACCAGAUUUGCACACAUCUCAGGAGGUAUUUUGUCCCACUCCUCUUUGCAGAUCCUCUCCAAGUCAGUAAGAUUUUGAGGCUGAUGUGUAGCUACUCGAACCUUUAGCUCCCUCCACAGAUUUUUGAUGGGAUUAAGGUCUGGAGACUGGCUAGGCCACUCCAGGACCUUAAUGUGCUUCUUGAGCCACUCCUUUGUUGCCUUGGCCAUGUGUUUUGGGUUAUUGUCAUGCUGGAAUACCCAUCCUCGACCCAUUUUCAAUGCCCUGGCUGAGGGAGAGAGGUGCUUACCCAAGAUUUGACAAUACAUGGUCCCAUCCAUCGUCCUUUCAAUGCGGUGAACGUGACCUGCCCCCUUAGCAGAAAAAUAGCCCCAAAGCAUAAUAUGUCCCCCUCCAUGUUUGACAGUGGGGAUGGUUCUUGGGGUCGUAGGCAGCAUUCCUCCAUCUCCAAACACGAGUUGAGUUGAUGACAAAGAGCUCAAUUUUGGUCUCAUCUGACCACAACACUGUCACCCAGUUCUCCUCUGGGUCAUUCAGAUGUGCAUUGGCAAACUGCAGACGGCCCUGUACAUGUGCUGUCUUGAGCAAGGGGACCUGGCGGGCUCUGAAAGAUCUCAGUCCGUCACGACGUAGUGAGUUACCAACUGUUUUUAUGGUGACUAUGGUCCCAGCUGCCCUGAGAUCAUUGACAAAUUCCCCCCGUGUGGUUCUGGGCUGCUUCAUCACCGUUUUGAUUAUUGCAACUCCAUGAGAUGAGAUCUUGCGUGGAGCCCCAGACGGAGGGAGGUUGACUGUUAUUUUGUGUUUCUUCCAUUUACGAAUUAUUGCACCAACUUGUCACCUCACCAAGCUGCUUGGCUAUUUCGGAAUCUGCUGGUUUGAUUGCUUCCGUUGACAGGUGUCUUUUGUACAGGUACUGUAACGAGCUGGGAUUACAGGUAAGACCCUUACAGCAGGUGCUUCUAAUCUCAGCUUGUUACAUACAGUGAAGAUACCAGGUAGCCUGACAUCUGGCGGGUUGAUAGGGGAUCAAAUACUUAUUUCACUCAUUAUGAUGCACAUCAAUCUCUGACUUUUGUCUUCUGGGUUUCUGGGGGUUUUGCUGUUAUUCUGUCACAGCUACAAUAAACCAACUAAUAAAAUUAUGGACUGGUCAUUUCUUCGUCAGAGGGCAAAUGGGCAAAUUUAGCAGGGGGUCAAAUACUUUCCCCCCCUCACUGUAGCUUCUCAUUGAUCUCAGUUUGGCAUACUAUUACAAUUAGUCAUGAUUACCAGUUUCUGUAGGUCUACUGUUGAGUAUGAUUAAAAUUGGAUACAUGUCCAUGUAUCUACUCUUGAGUUUACGUUACAAAUGCAAGCAAACUUUUAUUCCAUAAUACUGUAGGGUUUUUUAAAUGAAAACAUUACACAGUAAUAGCAGCAGUGUGUAUUUUGUGUGUUUGGGUCAUUUACAUGUGUACUCAAAAGAAGGUUGCUGGGACUUAUUCUCAGGUAAACUGCAAUCACGGAAGUACAUCCAGUGUUAGUCAUGUUUAUUGAUUUCAUUGCAUCUGCUCUGGAUUUAAUUAACUUUGACCCAUUAAUUUUGGUGGGUUUAGUCUUAAGUUGAUGUUAGUUGGGCAUAGCCCAUGCAUGUGUGUUUGUGAUAUUGAAGAUGCUGUGUGUCCCAUUAAUUUAAUACACAUUUUUUAUUUAGUUUAUAUCCUGCCAUUCAAAGUCUAGGGUGGGAUAUAAUUUAAUAUAUUAUUUGGAUUUUAUAAUAUAUCUGGCCAACUCUUUUAUAGGAUCAUUCCAAAGUGACAAAACAAAAAGAUUGCAUUGAAUUUAUACUGCACACCUGACUUGAGAGUUUCUGAGUUCACAGUAGUUUCAUCAGUAAUCAUCUCUCCUCUCAAAAGUAAGAGUAUUGAAAUCAGUACACUUAAGUUAGGCAUGGUUAACGUAGGUCCUUUGAUUUCAACAGAUUACUUGUUACAGGGCUUACCUUUUGCUCCAUGUGUGACUUCUCUUGCUCAUGACUUUCCCCAUGAAAACCUGCUCUUUAGAGCUGAAGUGCAACAAAUGGCAAUUCAGGUUUUCCAUGGAUUCUCAUUUGUUGUAAACCAUGCAUGGGAAACAUAGAGGAGAUGGAAGUGUGUAUAUACCUUUACUGUAGUUGGCUACACAACAAAGAAUCUACUUGCUACUUUUGCUUUAUCCCUAAAAAUAGAACUUUGAUAUUAAAUAUAACAUGAAUAUAAUACAUAUUCUGCUGCUGCAUUGACUUGUGUCUAUGUCUGUUAUUGCAUUCAGACUGGUGAGUGAAUAGCACAGCAGUUGAAGAGGGGUUGGGAAAUGUAUGUAAAAAUAAGAAUACAGAAAGGAGAGGGGGUGAGUGGAGAACGUGGAGUGAGGAGAAAGGUAGGAAAGGAGGAAGAAAUAGGUCAGAAAUCCAGAAAAAGGUAGUAACAGGUUUGGAGUAAAUUUUUAAAUGUUAAUUUUAAUUGAAAGUUUAAUUUAUAUUCUCCCUUUUCUCAAAAGGAGCUCAAGGUGGUGUACGUGCUGCUUUUCUCCAUUUUAUCCUUGCAACAAUCCUGUGAGGUAGGUUUUGGGGAGUGGAGGUGUGGUGAGCUGGCAGCUGUGGGAAGCACCUCCUUUGUGUGGCAUAGGGUGAGCUGUUGGGGUAAGAUCUCCCUUGUGGAGUUUUGGGGGACGGUAGGUUUCCCCAUGUGCUGUUUCCAUUUAAUCUAACUUGUGUAAAAUGAAGGUUACAACCUUCAUACCAAAGUAGUGAUAACCCCAAGCCUUUUUCGUCAGAGGUAUAAGUGCAUUCAUUUCUACGUGAAAGGGAGUUUCCUUGAGUUAAAUAUGGCUUAAUUCUAAAUAAUGGGAGCCUUAAAAUACAAUUUUAUAAGCCCCAUGGGACACUGUGUCUUAGAGCUAAGCAUAUCUGUAUCUAGUGGUUGCUAUAAAUUCCAGUGAAUUUUACUUUGAAGCCUCACAGCCUGCUAAAUUAGCUUCCAAAAGUUUCUAGUUUAGAUAAGAAAUUGCUAGCCUACUGGGGGCUCGGCAGAAGAAGGAUGUUAGAAUUAUGUCUCUCUGGCAGCCUGCUUGGUUUCAUUGCGGAGGAAAAUGACAAUUUUAAACAGCAGCAGCAGUUUGAGUAAAGCACGGAUUGAUAGGUCGGCAAGUGGCAAUUUUCAGCAGUGGCAGAGGUUUGAGUAAAACGAGAAGGGGAAUGGGAGCUUACGCAGGAAUUGUGUAAGCUUUUUGGUGUUAGCUUCUAGGGCUGGAUGAUACAUUGUCCAAAAGUAGUUUGAAGUCCCUUUAGUGAUACUGGUUUCAUAAUUUGACCUGGCAAUAUAUUGUGAAUCAUAGUGUGUGUGCAUGCGCUCUGCAAAAAUCACAAUGUGGGAAAAACCGUGAAACCAUCCAAUGCUUUUACAUAGCUCCAUCCUUAUUUCAGACAGUGUGACAUAGUAGUAUAUCAUGAUGUUAAGCUGGUGAUAUAUCACGAUGUUGAAAACCAGAUAUCACCCACCUGUAUUAGCUUCCUAGUUGUACCCAUUGCUGCUAUUUUGCUUUGUUAAAUCAUGUUUCUUUUAAAAAAGCAAUCUUUACUCAAAAUUCUGCCAUUGUUUAAAACAGCCAUUUUCCUUUGUGUGCUUCCCUUCUUGUUUUACUCAAAACUUCUCCCAUUCCUCAGAUGCCUUGUGUGAGAAAGGAAGGACAUGAACCUUUACAUAAUGUGUUUCACUCCUGGUACCAUGUGCUAUCAUUAGCAUGAAAUUCCCGAUUUAGUGUAGUAAUGUAGAUGAUAUUUUCAUUAACAAGCAAACACCCUUGUUUCUGCAACGUCCGUCAAGUGAACAUAACCUUCACUAACUGAAUGAGCUAACUGACAAGCUUGCUCUUAGGAGUCUAUUCAUCUUAAAAGCAUGCAUAAAUAAAAAAUAUAUAAUCAUGGUUUGUGUGUGCAAAGUGGGCUGCGGAAUAGCAGAGGAGGGGUAAUGAGAAUGGUGUGCAGGGGAGAGUUGAAAAAAGAAAGGCAAUAGAAAAAGUGAAGGUGGAAAUGGAGUGUACAGGGGGUUUCGAAAAGGAAGUAGGCAGCGUGGGGAUGGGAUUGAAGAUGAAAGAACUGAAGAAUAGUGGGUGAAAAGCAAGCUUAGAAGUUGCAUGGUGGGAAGGGAGAGUCUAAUGGAGUUAAUGUAGAGGGAAUAGCAGAGUUGGUGGGCAGGGGCAAAACCCCUAGUUAACAAUGUUCAAUAAAAUGCAUCAUGAUUCUGGCCAGAAUCAUGCAGUGUGACGCUUUCCUAAAGCAAAGUUAAUAAAAGAAUUUGCUACGAUGUUUUAAAGAUUUGGGUGCAUAAACCAAAGCUGAUUCACGCAAACAUGAUAGAAUAAACUUAAUCUUAGAGGAGUCCACUCAAAAUGCAAAUUGCUGCCUACAUGUGCUGCUUGUUCAGUGCUUUUUAACAUCUGACAAAUUGGACAGUAAACUGAAGAGUGUGCGGUCAAAAUGAAAUACAAGAGAAAUGCUUUUAUUUUAAUGCAAAAGUGGUGAGAGCACAUUUAUUACAUCACAAUUUUGAUAAAACUGAUAAAUAUUAAACAUAUUUUAAGUGCUAUGCUAGAAAGCAUCUGAUCUAAGUUGAACAUUUUUUUCCAAAUACCAUGGUAUUGUGUAAGCUCAGCAAACUAUUCAGGGGCCAAGUUAACACAAGUUAACCCUAUAGGACAAAAAACCAUGGGGGUCUUUUUUGAAUGAGAAAAAAGCUAAUGUAGGGAAGUGACUGAGCAGCCCUUCCUGCAUUUCCUCCACUGAAACCUUCAGCCUUUGUUUUGUGUUGGUUUCAGUGUUGGAGAAAAAGUAUGAGACUAUUAAUCUGUGGUUUGCCCUUUAUUUUUAAAGCAUUCUUUGAGCAUCUUCUAAUAGUGCUCAAAGACUUUUCCAUUUGUUGUCCAGAAAUUAGAAUGAGCCAGUGUGUGGCUUUGGCUUGAAUGCUGGUGGAAAAAUUUUAACCUUAUUGGAAAAUGAGGGAAUCAAAAUGUGUGCAUUUCAUUUAAUAAUUGCAGCUUGUUACUUGAGCAACCAUGUCUGGUAGAGCCAGAGCCAGAGCAAGGGGAAGGGCCCGUGGCCAGGAGACUGCUACACCUACAGUAGGAGUACCUAUGGUGAGUGUUUAAAAGCUUAAGGAUUGGAUAUUUAGAUAUAGGGAGUGUUGAUUCAUGCAUAGUUUUAUAUUCCAUUGGUUUGAGUUUUCUUUAAAACUUCUUUAAAAAAUCAUUGGAUGGUUAAUAAAAAUAGCCCACUGAAACUAUUCCAGUAAAGCCUUGCACAGCUUUGACUUUGUGCCCAAGAGUCAACACAAGUGUUUUUAUUUUCCAUUUGUGGGCUUUGAUAAGGUGUCCAAUAACUCAGGUGACAUAAGCUUAAUACGAAAUGAUAUUCAGAUUUUCAGAGUUACACUUCCUUCUCUGGCUUUCCUCUUUUUUUGUAAAGGAUCUUUGUAUGUCAUCCUCAUACCUUCCACAAUGUUUUUCCUUCCCUUUUGUUGUCUGGCAUGGUUGCUAGUGGCCAAAGGUCAACCCUCAGGGACAGCAAAAGAAGAAGAGGUAGACUGGUUGGAUUGGUGGGGAGUGGGUUUAAUACCAUUGUUUCUGCUGGCUUGUUGGCCACUGCAGGUCUUUCACAAAAGGUUUUCUAGGAGGUUCAUUCCUUGUCCAGAUUGCUGGCCAUAUUAUUGGAGCGGGUGGGUCUCCAUGAGUCCCUCUGCAUGAGAGUAGGAAGGAGCCUUCUUGCCAGUUCAGAAGCCAUAGUAUCACAGGCAGCUGUUGGUACUCAAGUCUCCUCACUGUCUCUAAAGAUUGGGGCCUGUCUGGAACUUUCAGCAGAGUCUUUUUCACCUAGAACAACCACCUAACCUUUUAUAACCUACGAAUCUCCCUGUCAUGGGCAGUUUUAGGAGUUGAGUCAUAUCUGGAUGCCUCUUUCACCUUGGAUAUUCAUGGUGAAUGGCCAGCAUUCUUUUCUAAUUGUUAUUGAAUUAUUUAGGUUCAGGCACCUACCUAUAUGCAAACUGCAGCUCAGCAACCUGAAGCUGAGCCACCAGCUGAAGGAGAACGAAUUGGGCGUGGGCGGCAAAAAAGAGGACCUGUUGCACCAAGAUCGCAAGGUAAGUGCAGCAGAAGACCACUGUUGUUCAAAAGAGCCUGUUGUCUCCAUAUUAUGUUGCUGUUUGGAUUAGCAUUAGAUUUCAAGAAGUUUCAGUUAAUUAGCAUUUAGCUUUUUCUGUUUUCUGCUGUGAUACUGCCUGUUUGCAUUUGCUAUGAGAAGGAAGAUUUACUGCUGAGAGUUUAUGAAAUGUGGAAAUAAAACAAGUUAUUUUAUUUAUUUUACAAUAUUUAUAUAAUACAAGAGUUAAAAUUAUAAUUUUGCAGUCCUAACCGCAUAAUCAUUUGUGUGCAGUGCUUAUAUAUCUAUGCUUCAGUUUCAACAUUGUCUGGUACUAGCCCAAGCACUUACUGAAAAACUUCUCCCUUUGCUUCAGGUAGCGUUGGAAGUAGUGUUGGUACUGUAGACUAUCUCUAACCUUGUAGUUGUUGUUUAGUCGUGUCCUACUCUUUGUGACCCCAUGGACCAGAGCACGCCAGGCACUCCUGUCUUCCACUGCCUCCCACAGUUUGGUCAGACUCAUACUGGUAGCUUCGAGAACACUAUCCAACCAUCUCGUCCUCUGUCUUCCCCUUCUCCUUGUGCCCUCCAUCUUUCCCAACAUCAGGGUCUUUUCCAGGGAGUCUUCUCUUCUCAUGAGGUGGCCAAAGUAUUGGAGCCUCAGCUUCACGAUCUGUCCUUCCAGUGACCACUCAGGGCUAAUUUCCUUAAGAAUGGAUGCGUUUGAUCUUCUUGCGGUCCAUGGGAGUCUCAAGAGUCCCCUCCAGCACCAUAAUUCAAAAGCAUCAAUUCUUUGGUGAUCAGCCUUCUUUAUGGUCCAGCUCUCACUUCCAUACAUCACUACUGGGAAAACCAUAGCUUUAACUAUAUGGACCUUUGUUGGCAAGGUGAUGUCUCUGCUUUUAAGAUGUUGUCUAGGUUUGUCAUUGCUUUUCUCCCAAGAAGCAGGCGUCUUUUAAUUUCAUGGCUGCUGUCACCAUCUGCAGUGAUCAUGGAGCCCAAGAAAGUAAAAUCUCUCACUGCCUCCAUUUCUUCCCCUUCUGUUUGCCAGGAGGUGAUGGGACCAGUGGCCAUGAUCUUUGUUUUUUUGAUGUUGAGCUUCAAACCAUAUUUUGCACUCUCCUCUUUCACUCUCAUUAAAAGGUUCUUUAAUUCCUCCUCGCUUUCUGUCAUCAAGGUUGUUUCAUCAACUCUGGGUUGCCAAGAGAUGCAGUGUUAAGAUUUAGCUGACCGAAAUUUCUUGCUGAUGCUCGGGGGGGUGGGGGUAAACAAGUGCAAGUCAUGAUAGUUCCUCCCAAAAUUGCAGAACUUCAGAUUUCAGCUGGUUUUCAAGAAAUGUCAUUGGGAGAAAGAGGUGGACGCCGCAGAGACUUCCAUGACCUUGGCGUAAAUACUCGUCAAUCAAUGGCACAUGUUAAAGACUCUAAAACAGGUACACGAUUCUAAAGCAUACGAAUGUGUAAAUUAUAAGUACUACGCAAUAAUAAAUAAGGAUGCUGUAUUCCUUUCUAAUUUAGCAGCUGCUCUGUUGAACUCCCAAACCACUAUUUAAAUUUCCAAGGUGGCAGAGAAAGCUAAAUGAAGGCCAGUGUGGGAGGGGGGAGGAAAGGGAGUCCAAGGCUCACCAUGCCUGUAUUAAAUUCCGGUGGGGCUCUUGGAGUUCUGUACUAUGACUACUAACUUCUCUGCUAGCAAAAGAUGGCUGAUAGCAGCUGGAUGCCUUUCUUCAGGUGCUUCAGGUACUCUGAUAAAAUUAAGCACAAACCAUUUUCGGCUGACUUCUCGUCCGCAAUGGGCCUUGUUCCAAUACCACAUUGACUACAAUCCACAAAUGGAAGCCCGGCGUCUUCGUUCAGCUUUGCUGUUUCAGCACGAGGACCUAAUUGGGCGGACGCAUGCUUUUGAUGGGACAAUUUUGUUCUUGCCAAAGAAACUGGAAAACAAGGUAUGGUGGCUCUAAAGUUCUUAAAAUCUAAUUGUGCCUAACCUUUCUAACACAAUAGUCACACUGCAUCUUCUACACUAUGUGUGCUUUUCACCUUGGCUCUGAAGUUCAGGGUGGUCAUAGCAACAAGCUCAAAUGGCUUGGGAUGUGUAUUCCGUUUGCUGCUGGGUGCUUUAUUGGUUUAUGCUGUGAACACAUUUGCAAACUAGAGAAACGUAUGGGCACCACAUGUCCACUAAAACCAGGCAAACACUAAUAGAAUGCUGCUUUGAGGUCUAAUUUUGCUGGGAGGUGGGUGAGGAAGGUAUCCUGUGGGUACCAGGAAGGGACUCUGUGGGCACAGGCACCAAAUUGGCAACAACCACUUUUAAGGGAUUGACCUGUGUGUCCCUUUGAUGUAAAGCAAAAUCUUAAGAUAUUUAACUUGUCACUUAAUAUUCUCAGGUUUCUGAAGUGUUUAGUCAGACCCGACAAGGAGAGACUGUGAAGAUUACAAUCACUUUAACCAAUGAGCUACCAUCUACUUCACCUACAUGCCUACAGUUUUACAACAUUAUUUUUAGAAGGUUGGCUUUCAGUGUUGAUUUCCUGUGAAAGAAAGUAAUACUAGUGAUGGGACAACAGUAUGUUUAUUUUGAUAGCUCAUAUUAGUCUUCUGUUUGUGGUGAGCCAGAUUUUUUAAUGCACUGUAAGUCAGCUAGCUUUAUUACUCUGAAAUACUCUCCUCCACUGAGUGGAGUGAGUUUUUCCUAUUUGCUUCUGUAGGCAGGGCUAUACAAAAUCACCUAGUUUUUAAUCCUGCUCGCUUUAUAGUGACACUGUGUUGAAAGAACCCCUGCUCAGUUGAUGCUAGCUUCUUCAGGGCAACAUCCUGGAUAGUUGCUCUUCAGUGUGCUCCAGGGUGAGAAGGGAGUGGGCUGCUUUAGCUGUCUCUCCAUUUUCUGGCAGUAGUGCUAUUGACAACCACAUGUUUUGUGGAUUUUUGGUAUUAGCGGCAUGCUCCUCAACAAAACUUUAUUGCUGUUGCCACCUUUCAGGUUCUCCUUACCAGUGUGUGGUUGGAAGGAAAUGGUUGUGGGGCUGAUGCUAAUUGUUGCCUGUGUAAAAUCUAUAUAAAUCUGACUUGCCACAUAAGAAGCACUUAAACAGAACUGAGGUGUUCUUUUCUAUAAAUGUUCAAGAGAGACUUGUGGAAAGACCUUAGCCCAAACCAUGGCAGAACCUAUAUUUUAGGUGCUAUGCUGUGGAUUGGUAGCACUGUUUACUAUCUAACCACUCCCAAAUAUAUUUUUUUUCCAGGCUACUGAAAAUAAUGAAUUUGCAGCAAAUUGGACGAAAUUAUUACAAUCCAAGUGACCCAAUCAGUAUUCCCAAGCACAGGUAAUUAAAUAGGGCUUAAAUGUUUUGGUGCUCUUGUAACAGAUUUUCAGGUCAGCCAAUUUUUACUCUAAACAGCUUAUUGUGUCUCAUACCUAUUUUGGAUAAUGUCGUAAUUUUUUGAUAACCUGUACUUAAAUUUUAUAUAGUGUACUUUGCCCAGUAAUAUGUAGCAUAGACCAACAGCUGUUUUUGCUUUGUUACGUUUUGUAGAUAAGGUCAUGUGGUUCCCAACCAUUUUGGUACGGUGAUCAACAAAUCCAAAUUGCCUUGGCAAAUUGACUUGGGUGACGCAUUGAUUUAUUGUCACAUGUAUUGUGGACCAUAGUUCUUCGGCAGCUGUUGGUUUCACACUUACCUCUUAUAACUUUUUGUUGUAAGAGGGAUGGGAUACCUUUGGUGCCUGCACAUUAGAAGCAAGAUGUAAUAGCCACUCAAAACCAUAGGUGCCAACUCCCUGAGGCCCAAGUACCCAAAAAAUUCCCCAUGAAGGGGCCAGGCACCCACAAAUUUUGGUGCCAGGGCCAUUCAUGCUGCAUGGCACCCACGCCCCGGGCCGUGGAGCUAGUUGGCACUCCUGCUCAAAACAGUUCUGAGCAUCUUGUGAACCACCACUGGAUGUGCUGUCAGAGAGCAGUUUCCAAGUGUUAAAAUUGAAGAUUUAAGUCUUUCUAAUAUUAGAUGACCAGUAUAAAUACAGCGUUAUAAUAUGCAAAUGAAACUAAGUUCUAAGAUAUUCAUCAUACCAGUUAAAGGCAAUGAUCAUUUUGGAUUAACUGAAGAAGCCAAUGACCCACUUGCAGACUCUGUGACCCACUUGCAGGUUGCAUCCCACAGGUUGGGGAACACUGCUAUAGAUAAUACAGCUUUUUUCAUCAGCCUCUUCUGAAUAACUCUCAUUGCUGAUAGUGGAGUAGGUUAUUACUCCUCCCAUUUGCUGUGCUUCUUGGUCUACAGUGAUGAGCUUCUCCUUUCUGCCUGCUUCAAAGCAGUGAGGCUUUCACAUUUCCAGCUCUGAACUUUUAUGUCCAACAUCUGCACAUGUACUGUGUGACUCAAGAGCCACUGAGAUAGAACUCUUUACUGUUGUGCAUGAGAUAAUUGGUAAGGGUGGAAGUUACUUUUGCAAGGAUCUAUGGCUAGAGUUAGGUGUGCACUUGUCUUUUAUUGUUUACUUGCAACAAAGAUAAAUGGUCACCAUUGCACAUGGUGGACUGCAUGUUUACUUUUUAGAAAUGCAUUUCCAAAGGAAUGUAUUCUUUCAGGUUUUUUCCUAUUAGCAGUUAGAAGACAGUGCUGACUGCAAAGAUGUGCGUACUGUAUGUGGGUCGCAGGAUUUUCUAUUUGAGUCUAUUUAGAAAAUUAUUUGUGGAAAUGUUUGAACAUGUCUCUGUUGGAAGCAGGCAAGUGUACCUUCAGGAUAUGGUGAUUAUUGGGGCAUUUCUCUUUUUUCGAGUGGAAGAAUUGCAGACAUUCCUGGAUGGGAUUAACUGUAUCUGGAUCAUUGCCAGUUUGUGUUCAAACAUGAGUUUGGGACUGAAUCAACAUUGGUUCCCCUGAUGGAUGACCUUUCAGAAAAGGGCAAUGGCCUUUAGUACCACUGUCCAUGGUAUCCUUUUUGAACAGACUAUGUUCAAAAUGGGGGCUGGGAGGGUUAUUGAGUUGUUGUCGUUUUGAUUGUAUUUUGAUUUUAUUUUGUGAGCUGCCCUGAGACCUCUGUGUGCAGGGCAGUAUAUAAAUUCAAUAAAUAAAAUAGGUGGGAUGGACAUCAGUGGCACUGCUAUGGUGGCUCUGUUCCUAACUGCAGGGUUGGGAAUGAAGUGUUGCACUGAGAGAGUCCUCUUCAAGGGGCCCUGGUGUUUAUGCAGUGGGGUGCAACAGAGCACUAUUUUGUCCCCAGUGCUAUUCAACAUCAAUAUGAGGCUGUUAGGAGGGGUAAUUAGGGGUUUUGGAGCAAGUUAUCAUUGGAUGCUGUAGAUAUCAGACAAUUUCUCAUUACAUCUGUGUCAGGAGAAGGUUUGCAAGCCUUAGACAGAUGCCUAGAUCUAGGCCAUGGUGGACUGGUUGAGGGUCAGUUAAACAGCUUGGGUCCUGGAAAGAUAUACUUUCUGGGUAGCUGGUUACUAUGUCCAGGAGUUGGGUCAAUUGCCUCUUCUGGAUGGUGUGCUUCCUUUGAAGGAGCAGGUAUGCAGUCUGAGGGUACUUCUUACCAUGUUUCCAUCUCUUCCACUAGAGGUCCAAGUGAAUUUUGUGGCCUGGAGUGCUUUUUUACCAGCUGCAUCUGGUAUUCCAGCUGCAGCCAUUCCUGGAUCUCAACAGCCUGACCAUGGUGGGCCAUGCAGGGUAACUUCAAGGCUCUAUUGUAAUUGGUUUAUGUGGGGCUGCUCUUGUAUUUCAUCAGAGAGCUACAGCUAGAGCAUAAUAAAACAGCAGGCAAACUGGUUACAGGAGCAGAUUACUGGCAACAUCUUAGUCCACUGCUGAGUGAGCUGCACUGGUUGCCAAUUUGCUUUUAGGCUGGUUCAAGGGCUUGUGUUAAUUCACAAAGCCCUAAACAGCUUAGGCCCAAAGUUCCUUAAGGAACACCUGAUCCCUUAAUAUGUCACCUUUGGCACUUAGAGUGGCUCCUUGUGCCUCUGAGGUUUGAUUGGCUUUUAGUGUGCCUUCAGUGGGGCAGAUUCUGCCCUGUGGAACUCCCUGCCAGUUGAAGUUGAGCAGGAGUUGUCUCUUCCUUCUUUCAUGUACUUUUUGAAAACUGCACUGCACUUUGAAUUUUUAUUUAAACCAACCAGCAUCUGUUGUUGUCGUUUAGUCGUUUAGUCGUGCCCGACUCUUCGUGACCCCAUGGACCAGAGCAUGCCAGGCACUUCUGUCUUCCACUGCCUCCCACAGUUUGGUCAAACUCAUGUUCGUAGCUUCGAGAACACUGUCCAACCAUCUCGUCCUCUGCCGUCCCCUUCUCCUUGUGAUCUUUCCCAACAUCAGGGUCUUUUCCAGGGAGUCUUCUCUUCUCAUGAGGUGGCCAAAGUAUUGGAGCCUCAGCUUCAGGAUCUGUCCUUCCAGUGACCACUCAGGGCUAAUUUCCUUAAGAAUGGAUGCGUUUGAUCUUCUUUCAGUCCGUGGGACUCCCAAGAGUCUCCUCCAGCACCAUAAUUCAAAAGCAUCAAUUCUUCGGCGAUCAGCCUUCUUUAUGGUCCAGCUCUCACUUCCAUACAUCACUACUGGGAAAACCAUGGCUUUAACUAUACGGACCUUUGUUGGCAAGGUGAAACCAGCAUCUACUGAGGUUUUAUUUGUUUUUAAUUCUGUCAAAGGCAGGUUUUAUUGUGUUUUGUAUGUUGCAACCUGCCUUGUCAUUUAUUUUGAAAGAGGAUUAUACGUUUUCAGAUAAAAUUUUGAAGAUUUAGAAUUUCAGAAAUAAGGAAAGCAUUUUUGACUUCAUGACCUUUGGAAUUGUGCUUCUUUUUGUUGAGUGGCAGAUUCUACAAAGCAUGAUUGUAACUAAAUGAAAAGCUUCUCCUAAAAAUUUCCAGUUGUAUUCUCAAAGUGUUGGCCUGGUUCCUAUGUAAAACCAUGCCAUAGUUAAACCAGAGUACAGUACAUAAACAGAUUGUGAUCUGUUAACUGUAAACAAACCAUACUUGACUUACUGGGCAGGGUUUAAUCAAACAAAGCAUCUCUUGCAAAUGAGGCCACUGAAUGGCAAUUUGUGAUAUGACAUUCUGUCCUCUGUCUGUAUGGCAGGUUGAUGAUUUGGCCAGGUUUUACAACUUCCAUUCUGCAAUACGAAACAAGUAUCAUGUUGUGCACAGAUGUGAGCCACAAAGUUCUCAGGAGUGAAACUGUUCUGGAUUUUAUGUAUUCCAUGUAUGAGCAGGUGGGAGAACAGCGGUUCAGGGAAAUAUGUGCUAAAGAACUGGUUGGCUUGAUUGUUCUUACAAGGUAAGAUUUGUUUGAUCAUUUGCGGGGGGGGGGGGGGGUUACUUAUACUUGAUCUCACAGAAGGGAAUUGUAGCCAUGCUUGUAGUACCUGUUGUCUAGAUUGUGUAUAGAAACAGUUGGUUGCUGUUAAUAAAUGGAUAGUAUUGCUUUACUUGGGUUUCCACUGUUCCUACUUAUUUUAGCACAGUAUAUUUGAAAGCAGUGAACAGUUUGCUAAAGAGCACAUAGUUGAAAGCACUUAAAAGGGUAUUACUGGUCCAAAAUCUAAAUAAGUGUUUCUGUUAAAGGUACAGAAAUAGUGUUUAGGAUGUGCAUACAUUGCAAGUUGUAUUGCUUGCUUCCCUGACUUAGUCUUCUGCCCCCUGAAGGCUUUUUAGCAGAGUUCUGGGAAUGUUGACGCAGGGCUGAUUGAAGUAUAUUCUACUGUAAGCAAAAGGCACAAAGUUACUAUUACCCUCUGUAUGAAAAAAAUCUGACUUCAAAUAAAGCAACUUAAUUUAGUGAUUGUAAGGGAAUAAUGUUUUACCCCUUUGUGGGCACUUUGCUUAUACUUGGGAUGGAAUGUUGACCUGAAAUGCUCUUUCUGUCAUAAAGCUCCCCUAUCCUGCUGAAUUAAUAUAAAUUCUCCAUUCGUAAAAGAGGACUUCCAAGGUGGGCUACCUCCUAUUUGCUCCAGGGCUUUUCUGCAAAUUUGUCUGCUUGUUGUAGGAGUUUCUCUUCAGAGUUCCUCUCUAUUUCAGAUUUGGGCAAGUAUUUCUGAUAGGAGUUUUAAAUGUUCUGACAAUAUCCUUUUUCUUUUCUCCAGCACUUGGAUAAAACAAUCAACUGAGAGAGGCUUUAUUUCAAAUUGAGUUGGGGGGCCUGAAAGUAUCACCAUGUCUCUUUUCCUGUUAUGCUAAGGCAGUUUCCUGUCUGAUACCGGGUCAUUUAGUAUUGUUAACAGUUUUUUGUACAAUGUUUUAUGCUGAAAUCGCAAAGGAAGCAAGAUUAACAGAACUUUUCAAAACUUUGCCAGAUAUAACAACAAAACAUACCGAGUUGAUGACAUUGAUUGGGAUUCCAAUCCCCAAGCUUCCUUUAAGAAGGGAGAUGGAACUGAAAUCAGCUUUAUGGACUACUACAAAAUGGUAUGAUACAUUGGCUUCCACUGUGUUGAACCUUCUCAUUAGCUUUUCUAAAGUUAAGAUUUGCAAAAAGUACUCAUUGUGUUUGUCUUUCUUUUUACCAGUUAAAUAAUACAGUGAACUUAGCUAUUUAAAGAUAUGGAUCUUGAACUGUAGGCAAAUACUUGCGACCCCAAAGGCAUGUCUUUUGCUACUGUUUAUGUGAGAAUCCAGAAAUAAUUUUGAGAGGAAAAAAGGGGUGUGGACUUCUAUAGUCUCCAUAUUCAGUAGAUUGCCUUGCCUCUAUAGAGACCCCACACCCAUUUUCUACCUCCUGUACAGGUGGAUCUGUUUCAUCUCACUCAUCCCCUUGUCUCCCUUUAUGUAAUUAUUGGUGACGUAAAGUAUUGGUAGGCUUCCGUUCAGGGUGAAAUAACAAAUUACAAAAAGUAUAGGGUUGAUACUAAAAAUGGCAGCUUGGUGUUCCUGUCUUUGCUCUGAAAUGUGUUGUUUCACUGCUCCUGUUCUUUGCCAUUGGCUGCCUUUGGCAGAUAUGGGGCUCAGUAUCAUGUUGGGACAUGAGAUGAGUGAAACUACAUUGCAGGGUUGCUGCUUUUUCAUAAGCCCCACUCUGGUCCUUUCCUGUACAUCCACAAAUGAUAUAUUUUUAAUGAAUAUGCUGAGCAUCUCCAGUAUUUGCAGAACUUACUUUAGUGGCUGUAGGGAGUUUAUUACUACUGUUACAAAAAUUGGGUGCUACCCCCCACUCUCUGCUAAGCAGUAGCAAGAUUCCAGGGCAUUCCAGGCGCUCACUCAGGGUUUCUGCUCAAGAAUUGAAGGUGCAGCAGAGACUGUCAUAGCUUUAAGAACUGAUUUAUUCACAUAUUUACACCUUCAGUCUGCAUAGAGGGAGGCCAGAACGUACAGCAUGGUCAUCUCAGGCAGGGUUUGUUCCCCAUAGCACUGGAGCCAAAGGCAUCACUCCCAGCUAGCCUUCAGCCAAGAUGGAUCUCAAUGUUUGUUCUCCAGUCUACCCCACACACCAUGCUCAAAACAAUCUUUUCUUGUCACCUCACGCCCAGUUACCCUGGCAGUCUUGUCUGCCUGGGCUCAGGUUUCCUAUUAGAUGGGCUAUCAACACCUUUUGUCAUAUUAACAACUUCUAUCCCAGGUGAGGCCCUGACUUGGAAAGAAAGCUUAGUGUUUUUCCUCUGGUCUGCAAUCCCUUCAAUACUCAAAUAAUCAAAAUUCUGCCAUUUACUAAUUUCUAGCAUUUAGGGGGUUCCCCCGAAACUCACAACACUAUAGAUUGUACAGAUACUUUUUGGGUGGUGGCUGUUGUUGUUUUUUACUUGGACUUUAUAUUCUGCUCCAUUCCAGAGGCUCAGGGCAGAUCACAAUAUAUUAAAACCAAGCACAGUCCAUUGUGUUGGACCUUGCCAGGUGAUCUAGUUCCACACAUUUUCUGCCAUAUAGGGCACCCUGCAAAAGGUUACACUGCAAGGCUAGUUUGGGGAGGGAAGAGUUCUUUUUUUAAAAUAGGCCUGUUCUAUUAUUUAAAGGAUGUGAAACUAAUUUUCUUUUUUUCCAUUGUGGCAUGCCACUCAGUGGGUCCUAGCAUUAUGUUCUGUGUUCAGAAGUGUUGCAGCUGCUAUCAUCUUCCGUUGGCCAUAUUUAUGAUAUUGUGGAACCUGCAUCUCUCCAUGUGACACAGCUCCUUCUGACUUCAUAGUCAAAAAGUUUUGCAAAACUAAAUUCUAGAUGAUGUGCUUUUAAUACAGCAAUAUAGCCAAGAAAUCAAAGACCUGAAUCAACCACUUUUGGUGAGUCAGCCGAAGAGGAAGACGGGCCCAGGAGGUGUCAUGGCAGGUCCAGCCAUACUUGUUCCUGAACUUUGCUACCUUACAGGUAUAUUACAAUUAAAAGUAAGCUUUCUGUCAUGUUAUCUGCCUCUCAGUAUUUUUGUUAAUAUUCUGGAUCAAGACAAAUUUUUACUUGGGAGUACAGUCAUACCUUGUACUGUUGACACCACUCAGCAUAGUUCUGGUAGCUAAACUAUGGAUGUAGUGCUGAUAGGGUCCUUCACAUUAACACUCUCACAGGAAUCUUACAGUUACAUUUGUAGCAGUUGGAUAAUAAAUGAGGUGCUUGUGGGGGGGUGCGAGCACAUGGACGCACAGGGAGAACUGAAUUUAGUUAACUAUUGCCUAGCUGUAUAUUCGGAUAAGAAAGAGUGGCUUCUGUGUUAUGGUUACCAGAUUUUUUUCAAUGAAUCUGGGGGCACUUUCUUUCUUUCUUUCGAAGCUGAGUAGCAACAGGGAGUCAGUAGUGGGGAUGGAGAGGCAAAAGACCCUGGGCCCAAGCACACAUGCAUAUCCAGAGCCUUCCCCGCUGAUCUGCCCCCUUCCCCCUUUGUUUUGACAGAUCAAGGGAGGCUCAGGAGUCGUGGGCGGGUGAGCGUUGCCCAGGAGGGGCACAAGGCACUGUUUCUCUACCAGGCAAGGUGCAAGGCCCUUCUUUUGCACCCUGUGAAACAAAAAUGCACAGAGUUUUUAAAAAACUGGGCAACGGUUGGCCGGCCGCGACUCCCGAGCCUCCCCCGAUCAGUCAAAACAAAGGGGGCAGGAGAUCUGUACCGCCUGACGUCCCCGGUUCCCCUUUGGCAGUGGCAGCGGCAGUCAGCAGCCUGGAGCCAACCUGGUAGCACAGUUGGCUCUGGCUGGCUUCAGGAGCUGCUGGUUGUGUCCCCAUAUGUUGUGUCUUUUCGCAACAGUGAGAAGCUCUUGAAGCCAGCCAAAGCCAACUGAGGCUGCCGCUGUCACGUUUCCCGGGGACAGAUUUGCAAAUCUGGGGACAUUCCGGGGACGGAAUUUGUCCGGGGACAGAUUUGUGAAACCGGGGACAUAUGGUAGCCCUAUUCUAUGUGACAUUUUGCCUUAAAUAAUCUUUUUCAUAUUUGUAGGCUUAACUGAUAAAAUGCGAAGUGAUUUUACCGUUAUGAAAGACUUGUCUGUUCAUACAAGACUUGCCCCAGACCAGAGAAUGCGUGAAGUUGGAAGGCUCAUUGAUUAUAUUAACAAGUACGUUACUUAAAUCAUAUUCAGAUAAUAGUUGCACAGUGUUGAUUUGCUAAGAAACAUGAGCCUGCUAUUUCCCAGAAAAAGAGAUUAGCACAAAUAAUGUAACUCCAGUGUUUUUAUUUUAUAUAUCUAAAUAGAGAUGAUAAUGUCCAGAAAGAACUCCAUGAUUGGGGCUUAAGUUUUGAAUCCAACUUGCUUUCCUUUUCGGGACGAGUUGUUCAGUCAGAAAAGAUCCAUCAAGGAGGGAAAGUGGUAAGUUAACCUUUUACUUCAUUUAAUGCAUUUUAAAAUAUAGCCAGAACAGAUUAUUCUCAUCAAGCAACAUGUGUUGCUCAAGAAAAAAUGUUUUAAGACUUGGAUUUAUGUUCAUGCUGGAUGAUUACUUUGGAAUCUUCUCUAAUUCAGUUUGACUACAAUCCGCAACUUGCAGACUGGUCUAAAGAAACCAGGGGAGUAUCUCUAAUCAGUGUAAAGCCUUUGGAUAACUGGCUGUUAAUCUACACACGGAGAAAUUAUGAUGCAGCUAAUGCAUUAGUACAGAAUCUUUUCAAAGUCACACCAGCAAUGGGUAUACAGAUGAACAAGGCAAUGAUGUAAGUACCAUAUAGACACUUACAAUCUAGAAACUAUAUUGCUUUAUUUCAGAAAUUGUACUGUACUAGGAUGGUUAAAUCAAGAAAAUUUGUACUCACAGUAAUUUGUCAGAAUUUCCAAUAAACUACUUUGAAACCAUAGGAAUGUUCAGGAGAAUUUGCAAUACCAUCUAGAACACCUAAUCUUUGUUUUAUCUUUCAAAAAUUGAGAGUUUCAGUGGAGUCUCUGGGAUUCUUAGGCACUGUAUGCACUAUUAAAAUAAUAGGGAUUCAUUGCUAUUGAGUUUCUUAAAUUGGGAUAGGUGCUGUUGAAUAAAGUACAGUAAAACGUGGCCUUUUUUGUAGGAUUGAAGUAGAGGACAGAACAGAAGCAUAUUUGAGAACUUUGAAGCAAAAAGUUGAUUCAGAUACAAAGAUGGUAUGUAUUAAGUGAUUUAGAAGAUAUAAUGCUGAAACAUGGUGUGGUGGCUGUAGAUUCUCUGAAUCAUGCUGGAAAAAGCUUGAAUUGAAUUUCCUUUUGUUGGUUUAUUUGAAGAAAAGGUGUUAUUGGCAUUAGAAAAUUCCCAAAACCAGUCCACCAGACUUGUCAUCCAGGGAGGCUUUUGGGUCUAUGUGUGUUGCACCAAGGACUUGAGAUGUACAGAUUCCUUGUUAUCUGGUACAAUGUGGGAGCCUAGGAUGAUAAAGGUUUCCAGACCCAUUAUCAAUGGGCAGGUUACAGAGUGCAUUGUAGAGACCUGUCAUUCCAUAUUUUGGGCUGUGCAUGCUGAGCAUUCCUGAUCAUUCCAUCCAGUUGUGGAAGGCCACCAUUGUGGUCCUACACAUCAGUAUGCUGCUGGGAGACAUGCAGGUUGGCCAACUGGCCCUAGUUACGUAUCACACUGUAGCUUGAGCAUGCCAGAAGAUAGAAAACUUUUCAAUAGUAAUUGUGAUACAUUGAAGUUUUUCUUUCAUUUUUUUAAAAAGGUGGUUUGCCUCCUCUCCAGUAACCGUAAAGACAAGUACGAUGCAAUCAAGAAAUACUUGUGUACCGAUUGCCCCACUCCAAGCCAAUGUGUGCUCGCUCGGACAUUGAGUAAACCCCAGACAGUAAUGGCCAUAGCCACAAAAAUUGCUUUACAGAUGAACUGUAAAAUGGGUGGGGAGCUCUGGAGUGUUGAGAUACCAGUAAGUAGUUCUUUUCAAGUAUAAUUGUUUACUUCAUUCCAUUUGUUAGCAUUGUCAAAUAAAAGGUAAAGGUACCCCUGCCCGUACGGGCCAGACUCUAGGGUUGCGCGCUCAUCUCGCUCAAGAGGCCGGGAGCCAGCGCUGUCCGGAGACAAUUCCGGGUCACGUGGCCAGCGUGACUAAGCGGCAUCUGGUGAGCCAGCACCAGUGCCACACACGGAAACGCCGUUUUACCUUCCUGCUAUAAAGCGGUACCUAUUUAUCUACUUGCACUUAGGGGUGCUUUCGAACUGCUAGGUGCGCAGGAGCUGGGACCGAACGAAGGGAGCUCACCCCGCCGCGGGGAUUCGAACCGCCGACCUUGCGAUCGGCAAGUCCUAGGCACUGAGGUUUUACCCGCAGCGCCACCCACAUCCCUAGCAUUGUCAAAUAUCUACACAUAAAUACUGAAUGUGCUUAGAUUGGCUUAUGAAGUUUUAUUCUUUAACCCAAUUUCUUCGUAAUCCCACUUGACUCUUCCUGUUAACUUUGUGAUCUGUUUAACCUAGCUUCUUGCUUUGUUUCUCUAUUAUCAGGAUAAAAGGGAACUGGGGAGUUGUCCGAAACGGCCCACACAGUAACAAAGGCUGGAAUUGAUUUGGGAUUGCAGUUUAAAAGCUUGUAGUCCCUAAGUGCUAGCACCAUGUGAAAGAGAGAAAAAGGAAGAACUGUAGAAGUGUCUUCUCCCCCUUCCCCCUGCCCAAAUGCACUUGUUUGCCUUCAAAGCAUGCAUACCUUAGAACACAGCUCACAUUGGCUCAGUAUUCGUUCAAAGCUGUGCACAUCCAUACUAAAAAAACCCUUCAGUUGCUAAUAAAUACUUUCUUGUAGACUGAAUAAGAAGCUUUGGUUUUAUGUAGAAACCUUCAAAUAUGAUACUCGCCUUAAUGGACUUACGACAGUCACUGUAAACACAUCAGCAAAUUCUACUAUUAGUAAUAGGUGCUACUGGAAGGAAUUUUUUUAUCUUAUUUUAUUUAUUUUAUAUCAGUAGAUUGAGAUUGGGUCAGACUAAUGGGAAUUUAAGAGGAUAUCCAUCUAGCUAGUACCGUGUGCCCUUUGAGAUCUGAGUAUGACUCUUGAAUAGCUCCCAUAACUAUUUAGCGCAAAAGCUAAUUUUAAUAUAUUGGAAACUUGGAUUUUUGAGUUUGUAGCGCACUCUGUUUUUCUUAAUAUUUUUCAAGCUGAAACAACUCAUGAUUGUGGGAAUUGACUGUUACCAUGACACCACAGCUGGCCGGAGGUCAAUUGCAGGAUUUGUUGCAAGCCUGAAUCAGGGAAUGACACGGUAAAAAUCUUAAGGUUUUUUUUUUUUAAUUGCAGCACUUUGUUUUUUAGUUUUCUUUAUGAAAAGGCAAUUUAUCGGAGAAAUCAAAAGUAUUACAUGAACUUUCUCAGCUGCCUGGCUUGUGCUGCACACACUUUCUACUUUGUAAUAAAGUCAAAUUCAGUUAUCAUACAGAGAGAGACUUCAGGUACUUGGCUGCUGUCACAGUAAUGACGAGGAAAAUUUAUUUUGGCUGAAGCAUUUUCUUUUCUCACAACAGUUGGUAUUCACGCUGUGUCCUUCAAGAUCGUGGACAAGAACUUGUAGAUGGACUUAAAGUAUGCUUGCAAGGUAAACUUAAAUACUUAAGAACUUAUGUGUGUCAUUUUCCCUGUUUCUUUUUUUUUAAGGGACUGAUGAAUUGGUAACCAUGGGUCUGAUCAGGUUUGCCAAGCUGUUUGUAAAGACCUGCCCAGCCCCAUGCCCCAAUCUGCUGAUGGUGCCUUUGGUGGCACAGCCAAUAGCCCACUGCUCUUGAAAGCAGGUCAAAGCACUCCACUCCACACUCAGUGGCAGCUGGGAGUUGUUUAUCCUUGUUUCAUGCAGUUUUCCUAAUGCAAAUACAACUGGGGAGUGGGGUGGGGAUGGUGUAAAUCGGGCAUAGGCAAACUCUGGCCAUCCAGAUGUUUGGGACUACAAUUCCCAUCAUCCCUAGCUAACAGGACCAGUGGUCAGGGAUGAUGGGAAUUGUCCCAAAAAUCUGGAGGGCCAGAUUUUGCCUAUGCCUGGUGUAAAUAAAGGUUAUCCUUCUGUUAAUAAAUGGAUACUUUUGAAUUCCAUUACCUUCACUGGGAGAGAGGAGCAUAUGUUUUGCCUUGGUGUUUAAUCUUUGAUUGGGUCAUGCCCAAAUAUUUUAUAAAUUUACACAAAUUUGGAGUGCUAAAUAUAUUGGUUUAGAUGAAUCUUUAAAAGCACUCCUUUAUUAUUUUUAAUUUACCUAUUUUUUAUUUCGACUAAGUAAUAAUCGUAAAUAGUAAAAAUGUGCACCCCACCCAAGACCAUUCCAUUGUAACUAUCCAACUUCCCCAAAUUUCAACACCUCUUGUAAUGGUUUGAGCCCUUUUCAUUGUAACAGUAAAAAUUCUACAAACGCUGUCCAUACCUUCUCAAAAUUAUUUCUCCUGCAUAUUCCCCAUCUUACUUUAAUGGCACAUGUUAAUUUAUCAUUAAUAGAUAUGUCCCACACUUCUUUAUACCAUUCUUCCAUUUUAUAUUCAUCUUGCCCCUUCCACUUCCUAGCUAUAAUAAUUCGUGCAGCUGUCAAUAAAUUUGCAAGCAAGUCCUUCAUAGCCUACGAACCUUCCACCCAAUGUAAAUUGAUAAUAAUGCAACCUCUGAACUUUCAGUCAGCUUUAACCCCAUGAUUUCUGUUAUCUCUUUAAACACCCUUUGCCAAAGAAAUGGUACAUAUUUAUAGCCCAACCACAUGUGAACAUAAUUCCCAGUUUCCUGGCAUCCCCUCCAACAUAACAUCAAAUAUUCAUUGUUUAUUUGAUUUAAUCUGACUGGUGUUAAAUACCAUCUCCAACCUAAUUUAUAAUUUUCUUUUAUUCUUAUAGACAACAUUUUCAACAUACCUUUCUCCCAUAUUUCCCCCCAGCUUUGACUGUCUAUCUGCCCUGUUGUAUCCUUUCCCCACACCUCUUUUAAUUGAUCUUCUUGAUCCUUCCAUUUCUACUAAUAUUUUAUAAAUUAAAAGUACUCCUUUAACCAGACAAAUUGUUAUAUAACAAACUGAUUUAUAACAAGCUUGCUUAUAAAAUUCACUUUAAUGGGAAGUUGUCUUAGCAGGGUGGACAGUUAAUUUAUUCCUGUGAAAAAGAUAAAGUGCUUCCAUUCAAAACACAAGAGUGAAGGAAACCAGUUUUACUAAGCUUGACAUUUUGAGGGAGGCGCUAUAAACAGACUGCUUUUUUAAUUUAAUGGUGUGUUGGCGGCCAAAGGGAAUAACAUUAGUAGUAAAUUGAUGCACUGAUGUUUUCUCCUAAAGCUGCUUUAAGGACUUGGUAUACCUACAACAACCACAUGCCUUCUCGCAUUAUUGUGUAUCGAGAUGGUGUUGGAGAUGGUCAACUGAAAACCUUGGUUAACUAUGAAGUUCCUCAAUUUCUGGAGUGCUUGAAAGCUGUUGGGCAGGACUACAAGUAAGUUAAGUGAUCCGACAUGAUCAUGUCAUGGUUAAUCACAUGCAAUGGCUCCAUAAAAGGUAAGCUUGGUGAUGCCAUCUGGCAUACCUGAAUAUCAAAUGGGUAAAUGAGAUGGCUUUAUUGAACCACUUCUCAUUGAUCUAGCAUAGCCUUCCACUACCUGGUAAAAGUGUUUCUGUUGUACUUAAUUGCCACCAUAUUAGAGUAGGUUUCUUAACGUACUGUUUUAUUUCAAAUUAGUAACUGUAUAUAAACUUCUUAUGUGAUCUUCUCAAGUCCCAAACUAACAGUGAUAGUGGUGAAGAAGCGUGUGAAUACAAGAUUCUUUGCUCAGCUUGGUGGAAGACUUCAGAAUCCACCUCCUGGCACAGUUAUUGAUUUGGAAGUUACCAGACCAGAAUGGUAAGUUGCAAGUAAACUUUGUGCAUAUGGAAGAUAAUUGAGCUGUUGCCUGGAUUGCUUUUGCCAAAUCCUUGUUAAUAACCAGUAUUCUUGCUAUGGUUCUUGACUGGGAAAUAGCCAAUUCUUCUGUGGAUGCCAGAGGUCUCCAAGUAGGCCGUGUUCUUGCAGUUCAGAGGCAACAAACACCCAGAACUUCAACAGAAGACUUUUCCCUUCUUGUUGAGGAUCAUUGUUUCCUUUCUCGGCUCAGAACAACACCCUUUCUGGAGUUUCCCUCUCUAUUGCUAUUCUUUACCUUGUACUUUCCUUCCGUUGCAUUCCUUCUCCUUACCCACCUUUGAAAAAACAAAGCAGACAAAGGAAGCAUAAGCUGCAUUUUAAGCAAGGGGUAGCACUUAGCAGUAGUCAUAGCCGGCAGCCAGAAUUGUGGGACAUUCAUUGCCAUUUUGAGAACUCGGGGAGCUGGGCGAAGGUCCUUCCUCCCAGUCUGGAGGCUUUUGUCUCGUGUGAUGGCAUCCCUGCUUCAUUCACUGCCUCUUCACCCGUUACACCAAGGCUGAACACUUCCAUGGCUGUGGAGGAGCACAUUAUCCCACCAUUGCUCCGUGCAUGGCAAGUUCCCUCCUCAAUUCAGCCACUGCAGAGUUAGGGAGACCCAGGAGCUGCUUUCUUCUGUGGACUCCAGCACAGUGGGCAAGAGAAUUGACUUUGUUGAUCUAUGUGGCCUCCUGUGUGGCCUAUUAAUCCGUCAGAGGAAAAUCUCCUUCCCCCACAAUCUCAGCAACUUGUUCCUGGGGCCAAACUGCUUCAGGCUUGCCAGGGAGUCUCAGCCCAGUCUGUUUCUGAACCCACAAGUGAUGCCUUUGGCACAGUUGCCAUUACAUCAGGUCUUCUUGCCACCACAAUCUGCUCUCCGUAUACAGUAUAUUUUUCCUUCUGGUCUCCUCCCUGUCUUGCUGUAACAAGUUUGCUAUAAUUCAGCACACUGCACCUGAACUUUCCCUUCCUCCUUUCAUGCCUCAACCUAGUGCUCCUUAGGACCUGCUCCCUGCACUACUGCCUUCUAAAUGUACCUUGGAUGGCACAAGGGCUCCUGCCCCCUUUCAGGAAGCUAGAGAGCAAGCAGGAGUGAGAGAUGCUGCCUCUCUCUCAUCCCAUGAGACAACUAAGUAUUGAGUGAUGAGAUUCUGGAAGUAAUCUGGGAUCCUCUGUACAUCCACAGUGAAAUACAGUUUAUUGUAAACAAUUGUUACUUCUGUGUGAGAAGGUAUCCUUGUAUGAAUGAAUACAAUGGAUUACUCCUCUGACUUGUAUUUACCUUGAGUGGACUUCAGAUGAAGGUGCUAAAUCAAAGGGUGCACUUCGGAAGGCACCCAACAAUUCUAGAUACUUGCUAGAUACACACUGUUUGGUAUAGAUUAAGCAAAACCUAGGAAAGUGUGUGCAUUAUUCUUUGUCGGUGGGGUGGGGGGAGAGAGGUCAUUCAUUAUGCCACUUUUCAUUCAAAUGAAUUACAAAGCAGCUUAAACAGUAAAUAACCUGAAUGUUACAAAUAAAGAAUCAUAGAAUAACACGUCAUCAGUUAAACAAUUGCAAUCUAUAAAACACUAUUAACAAAAUGACUAAAAAAUAAGUAGAACAUCACAAUUAAGGCAAAUUCAUAUUAUAUGAUUAACAAAUUAAUAUAGCACUUAUAAUCUCUAAAACAAUAUUAAAAACAGUAGCAAAAUGGCAACCAAAAAACAAACUAAGCACUGUUAAAUUCAUGCACACACAUUCCCCAUCCCUAUGCUUCAUAAUCUUUCUUUCUGUUCAGCUCAUUAAAAGACACACAAUGCCUGUGGCAGCUACUCAUCUGAAGGUUCCUCACGCUGGAGGUGGGGUGAAACCAACCACACACUGAUGGCAAACAGUCUCUCUCCCCUCACAGUUCUUUCCUCUAGAAACAGCUCCCUUACAAAGGCUCUUAAGGCUGGAGGGUAGGACAAGGCAGGUGGAAAAAGCCAUUGCCUGAUGGCUAGCACAAAGUUUCUCCCCUCAUAGCAUGUGUUCCUUAACUUGCACUUGUCUGGAAUUCCAUUCUGAAUUGUAAUUUUCUUCUAUUAAAGGUACGAUUUCUUUAUUGUGAGUCAGUCUGUGAGAACUGGCAGUGUUGCACCAACCCACUACAAUGUAAUCUAUGAUAAUAGUGCCCUGAAGCCGGACUACAUGCAGAGGCUAACAUACAAGCUCUGCCAUAUGUAUUACAACUGGCCAGUAAGUAUACGUACAAUAAAUACACUUCUCUCUCAGCAGAUGAUAUCCUCAAAUGAGUUAACUCCUCCCAGGUCCUCUAAUAAGCAGGGUUCCUGCAAAUCAGGUUCAGAAUCUUUGCUCUGGACGCUUGGGGAGGAGUAACUUUCCACUUUUAGUUCUGCUUUGCUCCAGUACAUUUGGGAACAGAUGUGAGUUCCAACAAAAAGCUUGUUGUGGGCUCCUCUGCCCACAGUCAUCCAUUUGGGGUAGAAAGAGAAUUGGUAAUGCAACUUCGUUUUUGUAAGGCUUAUUAGCAUUUCUGCCUGCUAGUCGAUUCCUUAAGAAUCAAUAAAAUUCUGAAUGAGGUGGGGUGGGGAGGCAGAAAUACGGGGCAGAGGGUAUCCAAAUUAGUAAGUAGACAAGCAAGCUAGCUGAAUUUGCUUAAGUGUUCCCUUACCGUGCAUGCUGCUUUUGCUUAACACAUUAAUACAAUUUGUCUGUGUCUGAAGCAGAAAACUGGCUUGAAGAAGCCCACCUAACUAUAAUUGCAUCCUGUUGAGGUGAUUCUUCAUGUGUCAUAAGACAGUUUCCUUAAAAGCCUGGUAGAAUCAUACAUAUGGCUCCAUUCCAUUCUGCUCCUCCCACCCAGUGCAGCUCAAAUGAGUCUUGUAAUCUAAUCUGAACCCAGAGAAAGCUGCAUGGGGAUCUGCAUAGCACGUCAGAGAUACAUUGAUGGCUAAACUGCAGUUUAAGACUAGCUUAUUGUGACAUGCAAACUAGCUCAGGAAUCCUGUUAUGGGUGGCUUUGAUAGAUUGAAUGCCACUAAUGAGAAUGUCUUAAAUUCUGUUUACUUGCAGAACCUCACACAAGGGCCAUCACAAAAUCAUAUUACCCAGCAUCAGUAGUACAUUGUAGCCAUGAGCAUAAAUCCAUUGGGACCAAACUGCAUUUCUCCAGAUGCGGCCAAAUGACAUUUCUCAAUAAGAAGGUCCUUUGAAAGUAAAACAAUUCUCCAGUCAUUCUUUUGAGAGGAGACAUGAGAGACUUGGUCCCACCUCUCUUCCACAUUCUCAACAGAAUAUUUAGAUUCUUGUUGAUUUUUAACUUCUGUUGGUGAGGGCAGCAGAAAGGAGAUUUCUGGGUAGAUUUCCAUUAAGGCGGAAUGGAGGAGGCAGCUAAGCUGAAUUUGAGAUGUACAUUUUAAUGAUAAUUGUGCUAUCUUAGGCCCUGUCUCUUCAUCAUAUUUGUCCUUUGAAAGUGCAACUUUUAGUUUGUGAUGUGCCUAAGAGGAGGGCACCAGCUUGCUGUACCUGCCUCCUGUAAUGUGUUUGUUUUCUCCAUAGGGGGUUAUUAGAGUUCCUGCUCCCUGCCAAUAUGCCCACAAGCUGGCUUUCCUUGUGGGUCAGAGCAUACACAGGGAACCUAACUUGUCGCUGUCAGAGAAUCUCUAUUACUUGUGAUCUUACAGGAGAGGAUGAAGAACAGUAUGGGAAGAUAACUUGUAUCGUAGACAUUUUUCUCCCUUUUAGAGAUGUCUUGAAUGUGGAGCUUAAAAAAACAAACGAUUGUUUCAUCAUGCUAUGCUGUUUCACUUAGUAUUAUGUCAAGCUAUUACUUGUGACUUCAGCAAGAUGAAUUUUUAGUUAGUUUUGUUUGAUAAAGUGUACUUGGUUUUUUGAACGUGGUUCUUGCUAAAGAUCCAUAUAUUUCCAUUUCAAUAAACUGUUAACACAUUAAUCUG